GACAGGAGGAUGGCUGUUAGAGUAGGACCAACUGUAGCCAAAAAACAAAAAAUGAAAAGGAAAUUAAUUGUAUGUAGGUCUCAUGAAAUUAAAGGAAGUAGUAGUAGUAGGAAAGAAGAUUAAUAAUUGAAUAAUUAAGACAAAGCAAUGUAAGAAUAUGUGUGAGUUUGGUCAUGAAAAAUGGUUUUGGUCGUGCGUAAUCAUUUGUCAUUACCAGCAACCUUAGUCAAUAUCGUCAUCAUCAUUAAGCCAUCUGGCCUGGCUGUCGUAACUCGUCAUCAUCACCGGCUAAGAUCCACCCAACUCUAACGACAAGGCAAGCUAUCCCGACACCCCACGCCACCUCCACCGCCGCCGCCACCACCACCACCUCUCUUAACUUCUCCCCAUAUUCUUCUUUUGCCCCAAAGUUAUUUUUGGGUUCAGCUCCUCUUAUAUACUACUUCUACUAAGUUGAGUUCUUCAUUGGUAAAAGAAUAAUACCAGCCUAGCUACUUCUCCCAAAGACAAAUUAAAAAACUCUUCUUGGGGAACUCAAAGUGAUAAACUGAUCAAUUUCUUAAUGUUAUUCAAUUUGCCGAUUUGUAAAUAUCUCCGGUGCAUGUGAACACAGAAGUCCAAACCCAUGUCCAGAUUUUCCGCUCCAUCAUAUCUCCUGGGCUUAUCUUCAGGUUGCAUUCUUUUAACUGCAGUGUAAUCUUGAAGAUUUAAAAGAGAUCAAAAUGAGGAUGAAGAACAAAUAUCGGAAACCAACAUCUUUACGUUGCAAUGCAGGCAGCCGAUGCUCAUCAUCAGUUCUGCUGUGGAGUUUGGUGGGGUGCUUGCUUAUGCUUCAUCUGUAUUCUUAUAUUCGUGACCAAGAUGUCCACAGUCAGGAAAGUCAUUUGCACAUAGGUCGGCACCCUGAAAUUCUCGAGCUUGAACAGUUUGAGGAGGACAGUAUACAAAUUCCUCCACCAAGGAAGCGAUCUCCCCGAGCUGCAAAAAGGAAACCAAGAAAAGUACAUACUAGCUUGAUUGAGGAAUUUCUUGAUGAAUCUUCACAAAUUAGGCACAUUUUCUUCCCUGACCAGAAAACUGCCAUUGACCCAAUGAGUGAUAAUGGAGAUGAAACUCAUUUCUAUUAUCCUGGUAGGAUUUGGUUAGAUACUACAGGAAAUCCCAUCCAAGCCCAUGGAGGUGGUAUCCUCUACGACGAUAGGACAAAAACUUACUACUGGUACGGCGAGUUCAAAGAUGGCCCCACUUAUCAUGCUCACAAAAGGGCAGCAGCACGGGUUGAUGUUAUUGGUGUGGGUUGCUACUCAUCGAAGGAUUUGUGGACAUGGAAAAAUGAAGGAAUUGUUCUAGCUGCGGAAGAAAACGACGAGACACAUGAUCUUCACAAAUUGAAUGUUCUGGAGAGGCCAAAAGUAAUUUAUAAUGAUAAGACGGGUAAAUAUGUAAUGUGGAUGCAUAUUGACGACACUAACUAUACAAAGGCAUCAGUCGGUGUUGCUGUUAGCAACUUCCCAACUGGACCUUUUACUUAUCUUUAUAGUAAACGGCCUCAUGGAUUUGAUAGCCGGGACAUGACUGUCUUCAAAGAUGAUGAUGGCAUAGCAUAUCUUUUGUACUCCUCGGAGGAUAACAGCGAGCUUCACGUUGGGCCUCUCAGUGAAGAUUAUCUUGACGUAACAGAGACAAUGAGGAGGAUUCUUGUCGGACAACACCGUGAAGCUCCGGCUGUUUUCAAGCACCAAGGAAUGUAUUACAUGAUUACAUCUGGAUGCACAAGUUGGGCUCCAAAUGAAGCUUUAGCCCAUGCUUCCGAAUCGAUAAUGGGACCAUGGGAGACCAUUGGGAACCCUUGCAUUGGUGGUGACAAAAUUUUUAGACACACAACAUUCUUUUCUCAGAGCACGUUCGUGCUUCCUGUGCAUGGAAUUCCCGGUUUAUUUAUUUUCUUGGCGGAUCGAUGGAAUCCAGCUGACUUAAGGGACUCGAGAUAUGUAUGGUUGCCUUUAACACUGGGAGGGCCAGUAGACCAGCCGUUUGAGUAUAGUUUUGGGUUCCCUUUGUGGUCCAGAGUCUCUAUCUAUUGGCACAAAAAAUGGAGGCUUCCAUUCAGCUGGAGGGGGAAGGAAUGACGAGUUGGAGGUGUGCUUCUCUAAACUCUUGAGCUGUGUUGUACUGUACCAUCUGUUAAAUAUCGGCUUCUGAUAAUUUUUUUCCACUAUUGUGUUGUAUUUGUUUCGCUGAGAUUUGAAAAUAUCCUCUGUAAGUUCACACAUCACUAUAUAGAAUAAAUAGAUGUAAAUUGGUAGAUUUCCAACUUGAUUGCUAGUAGUUAAUUGAUCUUCCUGAUAACCUGUCGAAGCGUAUGACCUUCUGUUUUCAUUGUUGUUCUGACUCCAGUCUACACUUCCAGUACAAGGAAGUACACAGAUGUUGUGUUGGUCGAUUUGGGCCCUGAGGAGUGGAUCCAAUCUGGUAAAAGACGGGUACAACACAUGUGACCUAGUAUUGGACCUCAUGUCCUAUAUUGAUGCACAUUUCACAUUUGUGAUCCUUCCUUUGUGCCAGGGAAGAGGCACUGCAGCACUAGCAGUUUGUAGUGAUUGAAUUAUAGGUGGUUUCUUUACCCUCUAUAGCAAAGUAAUCUAGGGAUGAAUGAUGUUCAUCAAGUGGAAAAUUGGAGCAAGUGAAUUGGUGGUAUUAUUUUCUUUCCCUAUCAAUCCAGGAUCCAGGCACCAGAAAAAGUGCAUAGAUGGAGAGAUGGGUUGCCUUGACUUGAACGGGAAUCAAAUUCCCUGUGAAGCAAAAAGAAAAGAGAACCAACAUUGUUCACUUCCACCAGCAAGUCUUCAGUUGCACUAAUGUGCCAACUUGUGUCAUCAACUGGUCCACUGUUUCAAAAUUGUAGUUUCAGACAGACAGAGCCAAUCAAUUCGUUAAACUUUAAAGGGCAAACAACAAGGGGUCCAUUCUUUUUCUUUACCAAAAGAAAAAUGAAAAAGGAAAAAAAUCAGAAGGCUUCUUGAAGAGAAUAACAAUAAAACAAUGUAGAGGGUUUUUGAAUCUUUCGAUUUUCUACCCAAAAAACAUGAAAAGAAAGUAAUGGGACCAGACCAGCAUACUACAUUGUAGUAGUAGAGCUUUUUAUAAAGGCUUAUUA